AUGGCUACCGCUGCGAACUCUGUCCCUUAUCCUACUUUGAUCUCGGUUGAUCCUUUUCUGCCUGCUGAUCAACAGAAGGGAAUUCAUAAUCGCUGGCACCCUGAUAUUCCAGCUUUUGCUACUGUAAAACCGGGAGAGACCUUCAAGAUUGAAUGCGUUGACUGGACCGGCGCACAAAUCGGAAACAACGACACCAGCGACGAUGUACGAGACGUUGAUCUCUCCAAAGUCCACAACCUUUCCGGCCCAAUCGCUGUGGAGGGAGCCGAGCCAGGAGAUUGCCUAGUCGUGGACAUCUUAGAUGUCCAGCCGUUCGAGAAGAUGCCAUGGGGCUAUACUGGUAUCUUUGAACUUGAGAAUGGCGGAGGUCUUUUCGCUCGUGAAUUUAAGAGCAGAGCAGCAAAAGCAAUUUGGGAUUUGAAGGGUAUAUAUGCAACCUCCCGACACAUACCCGGUGUUCGUUUUGCAGGGGUCACCCACCCAGGUCUUAUUGGAACCGCACCCUCCCCAGAAUUACUUGCGACGUGGAACAAGCGUGAGCAAGAACUCAUCGAUGCUCACCCAAAUGCUGUUCCUGCUGUGGCAUUGCCUCCUGAGCCAAAGGGUGCCUAUGUCGGCCAAGAGCUUGAAGACAGCGUCAGAGAGAAAAUCUAUAAAGAAGGUGCUAGGACUAUCCCAGGACGAGAACAUGGUGGGAACUGCGAUAUCAAGAACCUUUCCCGGGGGUCACGUUGCUACUUCCCCGUAUUUGUCAAGGGGGCUAACCUCUCUGUCGGAGAUCUUCAUUUCUCACAAGGCGAUGGAGAGAUGUCCUUCUGCGGAGCUAUUGAAAUGGCCGGGAUAAUUACCUUCAGCACCAGCAUUAUCAAGGGUGGCGUUGAGAAAUUUGCUCUCAAGCAACCAAUUUUCCUGCCCUCUCCUGUAGACCCUAUGUAUUCACAGAAGCUGGUGUUUGAGGGACUGGGAGUCGACAUCCAUGGUGACGGAAAGCAAUAUAACAUGGACGCCUCCGUUGCAUACAAACAGGCUGCUCUAAACGCAAUCGCUUACCUUAUGAAGAUUGGAUAUACUCGUGAACAAUCUUACCUUCUUCUGUCCGCUGCACCGGUUGAAAGCCAUGUUGGAGCGAUUGUCGACUCUCCUAAUGCAUGUGUUACCUUGGGAAUUCCCACCGGAAUAUUUGAGCAUGACAUAUUACCAAACCCAGACGGAUUUGCGAAGAAGGACUUUGGCCAGUGCGCAAUAAGGAGCGACGGGCUUGUGUGA